AUGGCUACAAUGGCAGACGCGAAUUUAGAUGGUAAGGGUAGUACGACUCCGGGAAGGAUUACUCGGCCGGAAACCACGGGUGCGAAGAAUACACACUCUGAUACCACGUCGACAUCUGCCCCUGGGAAUUCAGCAUCGGCGUCGGCUUCGGCUUCGACUUCAACUUUGCAUUCCAAUUCGAGUACGACGACAUCUUCUCCGCAGCGAAUCAAUAUAACCCAUAAUCCGAGUACAAAUUCGCUUCGAAAUAUAAAUACGGGAGGAGCGGGGAUCGAAACGGGAACGGGGAGAGGAACGGGCGCAGUGCAGAGUGCGGCAUUGACGGGUGCGGCGCUGGCUUUUUCGAAUGCGAAGGGUAAGGUGACGCCGGUGGUGCCGAAUAAGUUUGCGGGUAAAACACAAUUGGGAGGGAAUGGUUUGGGGGGGAGAGAUGGCGCAUUGGCGGCUGCUACAAAGGCGGGGGUUGGAGGGGGAGGGGGAGGGUCCCCUAAUAAUGGAGGAGAGAGAGCGAGAAGUCCGUCUAAGGUUUCGGUGAUGGAUGCGGGGAUGGCAGGUGGACAGCAGAUACAUGGAUAUCAAAAAGUAGGGAGGGAAAGGACAGAGGAGAGUGAAACGGAUGGGGGGAGUGUUACUGGAGGGCCGGAAUAUCAAGGAGGACAGAGAAUGCCUCAAAACCGAAAUCAAAGACCGAAUGGACAUUUACUGCCCCCAUUUUCGGGUAUAUCGGAAACCAGUCCGAAGGUGAAAAAUAAUUCGGCGGCAUUUAUGGCGGCUAAUUUGGCGGCAAAGAGAAGUCGGGAAAGUAGCCCGAAUCACACGGGUCAAAAUUAUGGGAUGGGAAUAGGGAAACAGGCAAGCCCAUUGCCGAGUAGAAGACAGAGUUAUACGAGUUCGAUUGAUAGUACGGAUAGGAGAGUGGAUCUAUCAAGUAUUCCUCCUACGUCUAAUUUGGUGGAGAUGUGGGAGCAGCCGGGUAAGGGAGUGAAGAAGGGAGGAGGGCUUGUGGGUAAUAGGGGAAACGAGAUUGUGAAUAGACAGGAUCAGAAAAGACCUGCUUCGAGUCAUGCGCCUAUACCUGUUCUGAAACCGGCAGGGCUGGCCAGACCGGUUUCUUCUCAUGCUUCGGAGUCCUCAAAGAAACCUCGAAUUGCUUCUGAGCAAGCCACUAUUUCUGAGCAAAUCAAGUCGAAGUCGAAGCCUGUGGUACAUCCACGACCUCCUUCUUCGCAAGCUUCAGUGUCUGGGCCGUCAAAAUCUGACGUACAGCCUCGACCCGUUUCCUCCCACACUACUAGUUCCGAAGGUCCAAAACCAUCUCCUAAACCCCCAGUGCAGAAGCCUGUCAUACACAAUACUCGACCUGCUUCUUCUCAUGGCCCAACACCUAAUCUUUCUACAAAACCUUCAAUGCAGAAACCCUCCCGGCCUGUUUCUUCUCAUGGACCCGUACCUGUGAAACCGUCAGUAAAACCCUCGCUACAAUCUAUUCGACCUACAUCCUCCCAUACUUCGGAAUCUACUGAACCAUCCUCGAAGGCUUCGAUAAAAAAGCCCUCUUUACCGCCCCCACGACGCACGCCUGCUAAUCUCUCUGCAUCGGGAGAUCAAUCGACAAAUCUUCCCAUGCAUGCACCUCAGCCACGUUCAAUGCAAUCUCCUAUAUUGACAACAGCUCACAGAACUGAACCAACCUCGGAAUCUUCCAAUCAACCAUCAAGGCAUCCUUCUACCACAAAAACUCCUCGUAGAUCCUCUAAACCCAUACCGCUGUCUAGAAAACCAGUGUCUAGGCAAUCCUACAAUAACGAUGCUGACGAUGAUGGAUCCUCGGACGAUUCAUUUGUAUCCGCGUCUUCUCAACCUAAACCCAAAUCUCCCUCCUUGCGUGCAAAAAUAGCAGAGCAAAAAAGGCUUCAGUCGUCCAAUUACGCCCCGAGCAUGACUGCCGAAACUCUUUCCAAUGCUAUGGUAGCUGGAUACCUUGCUUCAUCACGUGCUUCCACUCCUUCUAUAUCUUCCGGAGUUAUUCAACCUCCAGCUCCUCCUCCCCCUCGACGACUCAAGAAACUUUUCCAAUCCGAUCACUCGAGAACGCCUACACCCCCUCAGAGCACUUUAUCAGCAAAUGGAGUUCCGACUAUGAAAACUACAAUGCGGAAACCGAAAACGGAGAAAGAAUUGAGGGAAGAAGAAGGAGAGGGGGAACGGAGAAGGGCUAAGAAACACUUGGUCAAGAAACAUCCGAAUAAACAUGAUGAGGGAAACCGAAAGAGGUGGAGAGAUGAAAUUACGGAGAAAGAAAGAAAAAGAUAUGAAGCGCUCUGGGCGAGUAAUAAAGGUCUUUUCCCCUACACGAUAGAUCAUCGUGGGGAAAUGGUGGAAAUUGAAGGCGCGGCGGAUACGGUGCCGGGAAUGGUGGUGAAGGAUCUGUGGGAGAGGAGUAGAUUGGGUGGAGAUGUGUUGGAGGAGACUUGGGAGUUGGUCCAUGGGAAAGGAUAUUGGGGACGUCAGAAAGAAAAGCGAUAUGGCAGGUUGGAGAGAGAUGAGUUUGUAGUGGGUUUGUGGCUGAUUGAUCAGAGGUUGAAGGGGAGGAAGUUGCCCGCGAGGGUUAAUCAUAGUAUUUGGGCGAGUGCGUCGUGA